AUGGAGAAACCAUGGAAGUGUGGCGACUGCGGGAAAGGUUUCCGUGUCCCGUCUGCCCUGGAGACACAUCGUCGCAGUCACACCAGGGAGAAGCCAUUCUCCUGUCCUGAGUGCGGGAAGGCCUUCAGUGAUUCCUCUGCCCUGCUGAGGCAUCGGCGAGAAGAGCUUCAGCGAUUCCUCCGCCCGGCUGAGGCACUUGCGGGUGCACACGGGGAGAGGCCCUUCAGCUGCCUCAAGUGUGGGAAGGCCUUCAACGAUUCCUCCGCCCUGAUCAGGCACCAGCGGCUGCACACAGGGGAGAGGCCCUUCCGCUGCCCCGAUUGUGGGAAGGUGUUCACUCGCUCCUCCCACCUCGUGAUUCAUCGGCGGGUCCACACCGGUGAGAAGCCCUUCCCCUGCCCCAAAUGUGGGAAGGCCUUCAGCGAUUCCUCUGACCUGCUGGCCCACCGGCGGGUCCACACUGGCGAGAGGCCGUUCACCUGCUCUGUCUGCGGGAAGUGCUUCACACGCUCUUCUGACCUGCUGAAGCACCAGCGUGUCCACACUGGGGAAAGGCCCUUCAGCUGCUCUGAGUGCGGGAAGGGCUUUACUCAGGCAUCCCACCUGCUGACACACCGGUGGGUCCACACUGGGGAGAGGCCGUUCACCUGCCUCGAGUGCGGGAAGGGCUUUGCUGUCUCCUCCAGUCUACUGACGCACCAGCGGGUCCACACUGGGGAGAGGCCGUUUGCCUGCCCUGAGUGUGGGCAGAGGUUCACAAUGUCCUGCAGUUUGAACAAGCACCAGCGGAGGCACCAAUUCUCCCAACAAUCAGAUUCUGCCGGUAACGCUGCUGAGGGUCACCCCCAGGUCUGA